AGACAUGACGUCGACGGUGCUGUUCGUGGGCGGGGUCAUCGAGGACGACGACCACAUUGUGUAUCGUGUCGAUGCUGACAAAAGCGAGACCGCCGAGACGCCGGCGCGUCGAGCGAAGCCGUCGCCAUCCCCUUCAGAGGGUGAGGCACUGGAGGUCCGACUCAGGCCCCUUGCCAACCUCAUCAGCACGCUGCCGUUGCCAGACCUCAAGGCCUUUGCCAAGGCGGGCCUCACAGGCGAUGUUGCGCAUGCCCGCACACUUCUCGCAAAGGCGCACGAUCCCGCCGUGCAUGCCCAGGCUCCGCUGGACGCAGCCCUCGCAGCACUUCGCGCGUGCGCUCUUGAAGCUGACACCGUUGUCACCGUGGGCUCCAGCCUCGUGACCAUGCAGUCGCUGGAGCCUGGCCUGGCGAAUGAGAUGGUGGACGUUCUCUGCACGCGUACCUUGUACACUAUCCUCGCGCAGAACCUGCUAGCCGCAUACAUCAACGUUGUGACGGGCGCUGUCCUGUCCACGAGCGUGUUCCACGCCAUGCUCAAGCCGCCAGCGUCACAGUCCAAAGCAGCCGUUCCGCAGAGCCAGCUUGAGGCCCGCGUGACCUUCUUUUUGGCCAAGGACGUCAAGCACGGAUCGCAGGGUGCCAAGUUUGCCAAGCAUACGCAAGCAGCACUGCACUUUCUCGACGAGGAGGGCUGGCAGAUUCCAGCGCGCCUUGUCUUCUACUACGUGAAUGAAGAGCCCCUGAAACUACCGCAACUCUUUAGCGGCUGGCGCGACAUGGACGCAGGCGUCGCUCAGGCGUGGGCAAGGCAUGCGCUGCAUCACGUCAAGCCCGCCGCCCUCCAGGCCGGGCUGAAGCAACAAGACGGACUCAGCUUUGCUGUGGCUGACUCACGCACCCGCGUCUUCGUGCUUGCUUCGUGGGAUACCACUCUGCAUGCAAAGGCCAAGGAAGUGCUGGCCGGCAUGCCGUCGCAGACCAUGUUGGGCCAGGAAUGGUCCGAGGCCGUGGUGCCGCCCGUUCCCUCUGCGCCUGUCGGUCUAGAACGGGCACAAACCGUCUCGUCGUUUCGCGUCCGCAGCCCUCCCGUUCCCAAGCCGGCCCUGAAACCUGCAGAGGCGGCACGGUUGGCGCGGCUGUGCUCCGUGUUGCGCGAUUGGAGGGACCGCAACUUCGUGGAGACCACGGGACAACUGGACAGCCGCAGCUACGUUGGCCAGGCGCGAACACUGCUCUUUGAGCGCUUGCGCGAAGUUCCCGACGAUGGGCAAGACGCUGCCACCCGGCUGUGCGACAUUGGCGUCGCGGAAGGGCCUGUGACCAAGCCUCUGUUCGACAUGGUCCGGCUGCUGGACGAAGUGGGCAUGUGGGGUGGGAGGUCGCUGGCGCACUGUCUGUGGUCCUUCCUCCUCGCCCUCUGGCGGCCCAGCGUGUUGUUGACCCCGCUGGGUGAUUCAGACGACCGCACGCCCAUGGAAGUCGGCAGCUGCGUGGAGGUGCAUGGCGAAGCCGCAAGCGGGCGCUACGUCAAGGUCUUUGCGGAGACAAGUGAGUCCCUCGGGCGCAAGACAGACGGCAAUUUUAUCGAAGACGGUAUCGAUGCCCUGUUGCCUCCCAAGCCUGACGGAUGCCUGCGACUCUACCAUGCGACGAGCCUUAACAGCGUAACAAACAUUGUGAGAUGUGGCAUUAACCUCAACAUGUGCCUCGACACAUCCGACUUUGGCAAGGGCUUCUACAUGACGCCCAACAUCGACUGUGCCGUGCACUUCCUUGUUACGGAGGCGCCCCCGGAAAACCAUCAUCACCCGCGCGCGCUGCUGGUUGUGGAUGUUGACCAGACUGGCGUCGACGCCAUGCCAGAGCUGCCAGAGCUGCGCGAUGGUGGCGCGAUCUGGGAAUCAGUGGUCAGCACCAUGCGAGGGCAGCUUGCUGACAACGCGGUUGAGCCACUCUCUGACCAGCUGGCUGAGAGGCUUGACGCAGCUUCGGUGCUGGUUGGGCCCCUCACAACACGGCAAGAAGGGCGCCGCCACUUGGGUCCGAUGAACGAUACUGCAGUCAGCUGGGAGCAACGUGCCUUUGUCAAAAGGCGCUCGUGCCGUCUGGUGGACCCGUCCCGCUAUCUUGCUGGGAUCGAGGACACGCUAGUCCGGGCUCUUCACGUUGUGCGCUUGCUUCCAGCCUAAGCUGAAGGGGGGGGGGGAGGAGUAAGGGGAAGGGCGCAUUAAUGACACGGAGAGGCUUUGUUUCACUGAAGGGGCUGGACAGUUCCUUCGACCAUGUACGUUCUUACGUUGCACUGUUGGACUACUGUUUGUUGUUUCACUUUGAUUGAGAUGUGGAUGUUGGAGUAUGUAUACUGAUGCAUGCGUGGGCAAAUGUAACGAGACACCACGAGUCAACACUCGAUGACUGGUAAUCCAUUUGCACGUCACCAAGUCAUCGUAUUCUUGACUUGGAACGUCGUGUUCUGCAUUCUCGGCACCUUGUUCGUGUUAAUCGUUGUCAUGUAUCUGAGUCACCAACAAUGCGGUUGUGUUUGAACAGACGCGCAUGCGGUUUCAAUUAUGUGUGUGUGUGUGUGUGUGUGUGUGUGUGUGUGUGUGU